AUGAUCGUGAAAUCAAAACUGAAAGCUGCUCAACCUCAUGAACCCAUUCAUAUCACAAUUCUGAGGCGAUGUCUGCAGUUCCAUGCAGAUGAUCCAGAGAAGAAAGCUUAUUUCUCAAGUAUUGAUAACUCAGAUGGGGUAACAUUCAAGCAAAUCCGUGACUAUUCGCUGAGUUUGGCUUCGUGGUUUGUAGAGAAUGGUUUCCGGAAGGGUGAUGUUCUGCUUCUUUGUAUGUACAAUAGCUGGCACUUCGUUGUGACUUGCCUAGGUGCUUGGUCCGCUGGUUUGGUUGUGUCUCCUGCUAGCACAUUGUUCACUGAAUACGAACUUCGCUACCAGCUUGAAGACUCCACUGCCAAAAUAAUUGUCACAGAAGAAUCACUGCUGGAAAAAAUCACAAAAGCAAAUAGCACUGGUGCUAAGAUCCUCUGCGUUAGUGAAAAGACAGCAAGUGCUGACGAUUUCAUGAACAUCGUCACAAAACAAAGGACCUCUACAGCGGUACCAGUGCCUGUUAAAUUGGAGAAUGAUCUGAUUUUGCUUUCUUAUUCGAGUGGGACCACUGGCGCCCCAAAGGGCGUGAUGCUUAGUCAUAGAAACUAUGCGGCAGCGUUAAUAUCCUAUGUCAUAAAGUUCGAUGAUUCUUACAAAGCCUUGGGCCUUGACGGCUUUGUCCCUCCUGCGCAUUUGAUGGCCUUUCUUCCCUCUUAUCAUGCAAUGGGUCUCUUUGGUACAAUGUUCGCAUUACACAAUGGAACAACACAAAUUACUAUGAAAAAAUUCGAUUUAGAAUCUCUUCUUCGGCAUUUACAAGACUACAAUAUCUCAUCGCUAGGAGCUGUCCCAUCUGUAGUGCUGGCUAUGGCUGAAUCACCCAUUCUGGACAAUUAUGAUCUCAGCUCAUUGAUGAUGAUUGCAACGGGUGGAGCUCCCCUCAGCCUAAAAGUUGUUGAGCGUCUUCAAAAGCGCUUGCCACAUGUACAGCUAUUCCAAGGAUACGGUAUGACCGAAAUGAGCAUUGCUUCCCAUAUAUCUGCGCUCGGUUGUCCUGAUGGCAGUGUUGGACAGUUGCUGCCAAAUACAGAGAUGAAGGUGAUCUCAAAGACAGGAAAACUCUGUGGACCAAGAGAACAAGGAGAAUUGUGGGUACGUGGACCGCAAGUCAUGAAAGGAUACUGGAGGAGACCAGAGCUCUCUAAAGAUCUGUUUGACAGUGAGGGGUUUAUGCGCACAGGCGACAUCGUGUACUACGAUGAUGAUGGAUACACCUUUAUCUGCGAUCGUGCUAAAGAGUUGAUCAAAGUUAAUGGAAAGCAGGUUUCUCCAACAGAGCUGGAGGAUGUGCUUAUGGCCCACCCGGAAAUAACAGAUUGCUGUGUUGUUGGUCUUCCGCACGACAAAUAUGGCGAAGUGCCUCUUGCCUUUAUCGUUGCUAAAUCUAUCAAUGAAGAAAACAUUCACGCGUAUAUCAAAGAGCGACUUGCACCUUACAAGCGAUUACGAGGCGGUAUUCAAUUUUUGGAUACCAUACCAAGGACACCAUCGGGAAAGACCAUGAAGAGAGCUUUGAAGGAUGACUACCUGAAGAAAGUAAAACAAACGCAUAAGAGUCGCCUUUGACCACAUCGUAUUCACUUAGAGAUGUGCGAAAAUAAUAAAAAUCUAAG